GGCUGGACCAGCAAAAGAGUAUAAAUGAAGGCUUGUUUUAACCAUCCUACUCAAGGAACACCCUCUCAGGCUCAACUACAGAUUGAUUAGAGACCAGUGGACAGCCAAGCAAUCCAAAAUGCUGUAUCAUUUUGUGGUACUCUCUGCCCUUUGCGCUAUGAGCAUGACCAUGCCUUUACCUGAUUUUUACUCAUACUCCCCUGCUGCUGGGGAUGGCAGUGGAACCGAAUUUUCCACUGCACACGAGGGUCGCAUCACUGGAGUCAGAGUUUAUGAAUAUCCCAACUAUGGAUACUACUACAGUUACAACUACAUCAAUGGGAUCCAACUGAAAUAUGACAGUAACUGGACAGAACUGGUUGGCGUGAGCUAUUAUGGCAGUGAAAGGGAGAUGACACUCUUCAACAAUGAACAUUUUGUUCAGAUCUCAGGAAAGUAUUAUUCUGGUUACAUCAGUGAGCUUAUGUUUGUCACUAAUGAGGGGCGCUCUUUUAAAGUGGGGCAACCUUCUGGACUUUCAUUUAACUUCUACCCAACCCACGAUGGAAGUGAACUACGUUUCAUCAGCGGUCGUCAGAAUGGAUUUGCCCUCACCUCCAUUGGGGCUCAUUGGGCUGUCUACUACAAUUCCACUUCAUAAAGUCAGAAAUAUCUCACUGGUUUCACAUUAUGUGUGUAUAUGAGGAAAAUUCCAAAUAAGUAGUAGCCAAUAUUUUUCCUGAGCUCUUUAUGAGGGAUGAAAUUUGGGGCUUUCUGAGUUGUCUGUAUUAUUAGAAUGAUUUCUGGUUAAUAAUUUACUGAUUAAUUUAAUUAAUACAACACUAAGAAGUCUGGCAUGAAAUAGUUUUUUUUCCUUCUCCUUUAACAUAAAAAUUCCUAAAGACUCUAGUAAUGAUUUUCCAAAAUGGACAAACUAAACAGAAUGUGUGUGUAUAUAUAUAUAUAUAUUUGUUAUAUAU